UAUUUCCCCCACCUAGAUUUUUGGUGCAUGACGAAAAUAGGGAGAAUCGAGGGAGUAUGCAGGUGUGAGUAUUCCCGCGCAUGACAUAAGGAAGGAGGGAGAUAUCAGACUGAAGAACGACGAGGAGGAGGAGGAAGAGGAGAGAUGAAUAGACGGAGGAGAGCUCCAUCCUGACAGGCUGUGUCCGUUCUCAUUUAUUUCUCCCUCCGCCGGAGAGCGAGGGAUGUCCACGUCCACGUCCCGGGGCAGUCUCAUCUCGGAUGAUGUGAAUGGACGUCGAAGGGUGGCCAAGGGCCACCACAUCUUCCACUCAUUCUUGAAUCCCAUUUUCGUCUUCAGGCUCCUUCUUGCUUUCCUCCUCCUCUCCCUCGUCUCCAUCCUUGCCCUCGGCUAUUACGUCUCCACUGGACGCCAUUACUAUGCAACGAUCCCGUUGUCACGUCCAGUGGUGAAUGUGCCGUGUGCGUGGCCACAGACCCGAGGACAAGGACCGAUGUGGGACUAUGGGAAGUACUUGCCUGCAGUACACGAAGGGAAGGCCCAAUUGAGGCUAGACCCAAGGGCUCUUCUUUUUGUCACCACCACUCAUUCCAGCCUGGGAAAGAGUCUCGCCGAGUGGCUGGUCGCCAAUCGGAUCAGGUACAAGUUGGAGGUAGCAGGGAAGUCCCUGCCAGUGCUGACCAAUGAAGGGAAGGGGAAGUUUGGGGUGAUCAUAUUUGAGAACUUCUAUCAAUACCUCCACAUGGAUUCCUGGCAUCGAGGGAUCUUGGACAAGUAUUGUCGGGAGUAUCAAGUUGGAGUCCUGGGGUUUCUGGCUCCCCAGGGGGAAAAUGUCUUCUCAAGUUCCCUUCCAGGAUUCCCGCUCUCCGUUGAACUCUAUUCUCAUGUUUUGAGAGCCGAGUUGAAUCCUGAGUCAAGAGUUUUGCGCAUCACUCGUCCAGGAGAUGUGGUUUCUCCUCUGGGAACUGUUCAAAAAUGGGUUACUUUCCGUAGCAAUCACUCCACAUAUAAGCCAGUGGAAUGGGUUCACGUUCCUCUAGAACCCCUCAUUCCAUUUGAUCAGGCAAAAAGCAUAUCAGACCCUCCUCCUGUGCCUCGCAGUGAACAGAAGAUCUCUGUCCUCUUGGAUGAAGGCCAGUAUGAUGGAAUCCCAAGGAUCUUGUUUGGUGCUGGACUGGGAUUUUGGUUGCACCACCUUCUCCUUCUUGAUGGAAUGUCAUAUCUGAGUCAUGGCAGACUCUCUGAUUCCCUAACCCGAUACCUCCUUGUUGAUAUUGACGACAUCUUUGUCGGAAAGAGUGGGUUCCGUCUCAUACCCCCUGAUGUCCUGGAACUUGUGGAAGCUCAAAGGCGGUUGCAAUCUCUGGUGCCAGGAUUCAGGUUCAACCUAGGUUUUUCAGGAGGCUUUCAUCAUCGAGGAACUCCAUAUGAAGAUGAAGCAGAAGAUCUGCUCCUAUACUACAAGGACGAAUUUUGGUGGUUCCCGCACAUGUGGACUCAUAUGCAACCACACUCAGUCGACAAUAUUACUGCCCUGGAGGCUCAUAUGGUCUUCAAUAAGCAAUUUGCUGUGGAGCAAGGAUUACCAAUGAAUGGGAGCUAUGCAAUAGCUCCCCAUCACUCAGGAGUCUACCCUGUUCAUGAACCAUUGUAUGAAGCUUGGAAGAGCGUUUGGGGAGUGGAAGUGACAGCCACAGAAGAAUAUCCUCACCUCCGACCUCCUCGUCUCCGCCGUGGCUUCAUCCACAAUGGCAUCAAGGUGCUCCCUCGACAGACAUGUGGCCUCUAUACCCACACUAAUCUUUAUGAGGAGUUUCCAGGAGGAAAAGAAAAGCUGGAGGAGAGUAUUCGAGGAGGCGAGCUCUUCUUGACUCUAGUCUCAAACAGGGUGAACGUGUUUAUGACACACAUGAGCAACUAUGCCCUGGACCGAUUGGGGAGCUAUGUGUUUGAAUCUGCAGUCCAGUUUUUGCGAUGCUGGACCAACCUCCGAUUGGAGACACGGCCACCUCUUCAGUUGGCAGACAUCUACUUUGAUCUGUACCCAGAAGAACAAGAUCCAAUUUGGGGGAAUCCGUGUCAAGACAAGCGGCACUUGGAGAUCUGGAGCAAGAAUAAGUCUUGUGAACGCCUGCCCAAUUUUCUGAUAAUUGGACCACAGAAAACAGGCACAACUGCUCUUUAUUCCUUUCUCUCCAUCCAUCCUGCCAUCUCAAGCAAUAGGGACUCUCCUGAGACAUUUGAAGAGCUUCAAUUCUUCAGUGGCAAGAAUUACCAGAAAGGCAUUGAUUGGUACAUGAGCUUUUUCCCUCCACCAGCAAAUGAUAAUGAAACAAGAUACUUAUUUGAGAAGUCAGCCAACUACUUUGAUGGGACACUUGUACCCCAGCGUGUACAUGCUCUCCUUCCAUCAGCUCACCUCAUCACCAUUCUCAUCCCUCCAUCCAAGCGAGCAUACUCUUGGUAUCAUCACCAAAGGGUUCACAAUGACAAGGCAGCUCUGGAAUUCUCAUUUCACGAGGUGAUCACUGCAAAUCCACGACAUGCCCCUCGUGCUCUCCGAGAACUCCACAAUCGGAUACUUCAGCCUGGGAUGUAUGCCCAUCACUUGGAGCGAUGGCUGGCCCUCUUUCCUCCUCAACAGCUGCAUUUGGUUGAUGGAGAACGACUCAAGUCUGACCCGAUCCUGGUACUCAAUCAACUGCAAACAGAGCUUAAGAUCAGACCCUUCUUUGACUAUGCAAACCAUCUCAAGUAUGUGGAUCAGAAAGGUUUCUACUGUCAGGUGGAUUCACUGAACAAGACAAAAUGCCUGGGACAAGGAAAAGGCAGAAAUUACCCACCCAUGGAGUCUGCAUCUCUCAAAUUUCUCAGAGAAUACUACCAGCCAGAAAACACAGCUCUGGAGAAGCUCUUCAAACGGUUGGGAUACCCAAUUCCAUCAUGGCUGGAAGAAGAACUUGGAACAGAAUCUCAAAAUAAUCCUCAGAUCCCUGCAGAAGAGAUUUCCAACAAUGUCUCUUCUCAUUGGGAAAAUCCUGGAUCCCAGUGAUGGUUGUCCUUGUCAGCAGAAUCAGAAAUGUCCUUCAUGGUGAGAUGUGAAAAUUGGGGUGCAGUAUGCAAGUAGAUCUGCACUAUAAUCAAGAGUUAGGUACCAGUAAGUGACUUGAGGAAAUGAAAUCAGGCCAACCAAUUGGUAAAUAUGGGCUAUUUAUCAGGGAAUGUAGCAGUGUGCCUUCAUUUCAGAACACUUUCUGACUCAUCAACUCACCCUCUGGCUAACAUUCUUGAUCUGGAUUAAUUCAAAUUCAAUAGAAAUAAGUAGCCAUAUGGAGAUGCAUGCCAAUGACUAGCAAUAUGAUCAAGAAGCGUUGGGAGUGUCUCCUUGCGGUUUCUUGGGAUUUUUUCUAUUCUGUGACUAGUUUGCCUGCUCCUUCUGUUCUUUUUUGGGCCAGUAGUGCAAAGCAAUAUGUUGUAAAAUAGGCUUUGUAUUUAUUACAGUUGAGGAUGCUGUGCAUGCCCCUUGUUGACAUGAAUAUCAUUCUUGCCAUCCACAUCUGCCUGGGUUCAAGGUGGCCUACAAUGCACUCUCAGCAUGUUAAAUUCCAAAUCUGGGAUUUGUUUUGUCUUCCUCUUCUCAAUCCUCAUUGGAUUUGAUGUUUACAUUGUAAAUCUCAUCCAUGUGCUGUCAAGAGACCUGAUAAGUACAGGAUCUCAGAAGUAUAGGUACAGUGUGACAUGGUUCCAGUUAUUGCAUCUAUCAUGACCAUGAACCCAGUUAGGAUCUCUGUGAUGCUUGCAUUUCUUGCCUGCGUUUUAGCAGACACCUAACACAUGUGCCUCUGUGCCAUCACCUCCAUUUAUUUUUACUGCAACUUUGUAUUCCUUGUCACUAGAGAGCAGGUCCAUCCCAAAGAAACUGGUGCCAAAAUAUGCUCAUUUCUCCUCAUUGUUUUGACAGUGACAUUUCAGUAUUUCACAUACUGACUGAUAAAAUUUAAAUCACAAAGUGGAAAAUAUGAUUGAGGUAAAUUGUCUCAAUCCAGAAUUAUUUUUUUUGCAUAGCAAGAGAAGUACACAUUACACAUUUGAUGCUCCAUUAAUGUUUUUAGAUCAUAACCUAUCACAUCCCAUAACCAUAGGUCUUUGCAUCAUUCCAUCUUUGCAUAACAAUAAUAUUGGUGCAAAAGGACAAAUUACAAAGAAAUUACUCCUUGUGUGAAGAGUCACAUGUCUUCAUGAAGUACUAGCUUAAAUAGAAAUAUGAGCUGGUGUAAUGCAAUUUGCAUCACACCAGUACAUGGAUUUCACACUACCAUCUUCAAAGUUGUAAGUUGACCAAAAGUAGCUGAUGAAAACCUGUCUUGAUAUUGCAUAUGCAGUGAAGACUUAGUUGGUUAUCUUCAUUCCUAUUCAAAGAGAGGGCAUGAAAUCUUUAUCUUAGAGCAUUUUGUGGUGAGAUGGACUCUAACACCCAUCAUGUUUUGAUAAUUUGCAAGCCUCUGAGCUCAGGCAGUCAUGUCAUUGUAUGCUGCUCCAACUCGUGACCAAUGCACAAUGAAGUCAUCGAGGCUGUCAGUUGAAUAGUCUCAUUUUAGGUCUCUGAAUUGACUGGGAAUAUAACAAUGGCACUAUUACCUCACUCCAUGAAUUAACAUGCCCUGACAUCAAAUAAGUGUAUGUGAAACAAUUUUCAGCAUCCCUUCAGCUCAUGAUACAAUUUUUUUUUCACCAUAGCUAAACCAGAAAUCCAUGGCUAGCAGUUACAAAAGUAAGAGUGACUGUUAUGAUUGUUUAGUGCUUGCUUUAGCCAUCACCACUGCAUUAUGCAUUGCAGUUAUUGAUCCAGCCAUUGAUGUUAAACUUUCCUUUCAACUAGAACUUAAUUAGCCCAAUAUUUUUCAACUUGGUUGUUUCAAAAGAAAUCAGCUGUUUUGGCAUUGUUUCUUUAUGGGAUUGAAUUAGUUGACUGUGUCCAUGUUGAGGGGGUUUGCAGCUGCACUCAGUGUGAUACAUUCUAAGACUGCUGUGCCAUUUUUAUUACCACAUUGUGUGUUCGUUUUGUAAUAAAAAGUGCAAUUUACACAAAG